AAAAUGUACAGCUGUGAUGAGUGUGGGAAGGAUUUCACCCAGGCUGGACACUUAAAAACUCACCAACUUAUCCACAGUGGAGUUAAACCUUACAGCUGUGAUGAGUGUGGAAAGUCUUUUACCGAGGCUGGAAGCUUAAAAAAACACAAACGCAUCCACAGUGGAGUUAAACCUUAUAGCUGUGACCUGUGUGGAAAGUCUUUUACCGAGGCUGGAGGCUUAAAAAAACACCAACUCAUCCACAGUGGAGUUAAACCGUACAGCUGUGAUGAGUGUGGGAAAUCUUUUACCCGGGCUGGAGACUUAAAAAAACACCAACUCAUCCACAGUGGAUUUAAACCUUACAGCUGUGAGUUGUGUGGAAAGUCUUUUACCCUGGCUGGAAGCUUAAAAACUCACCAACUCUUUCACAGUGGAGUUAAACCGUACAGCUGUGAUGAGUGUGGAAAGUCUUUUACCCUGGCUGGAAGCUUAAAAAAUCACCAACUCAUCCACAGUGGCGUUAAACCUUACAGCUGUGACUUGUGUGGAAAGUCUUUUACCGAGGCUGGAAGCUUGAAAAAACACCAACUCAUCCAUAGUGGAGUUAAACCUUACAGCUGUGACUUGUGUGGAAAGUCUUUUACAGAGGCUGGAAGCUUAAAAAAACACCAACUCAUCCACAGUGGAGUUAAACCUUACAGCUGUGACUUGUGUGGAAAGUCUUUUACCGGGGGUGGAAACUUAAAAACACACCAACUCAUCCACAGUGGAGUUAAACCUUAUAUCUGUGAGUUGUGUGGAAAGUCUUUUACCCAGGCUGGAAACUUAAAAACACACCAACUCAUCCACAGUGGAGUUAAAGCGUACAGGUGUGACUUGUGUGGAAAGUCUUUUACCAAGGCUGGAAACUUAAAAACACACCAACUCAUCCACAGUGGAUUUAAAGCACACAGCUGUGAGUUGUGUGGAAAGUCUUUUACCCAGGCUGAGAGCUUAAAAACACACCAACUCAUCCACAGUGGAUUUAAAGCAUUCAGCUGCAACUUGUGUGGAAAGUCUUUUACCCAACGUCAAGGCUUAAAAUCACACCAUAUCAUCCACAGUGGAGUUAAAGCACACAGCUGUGAGUUGUGUGGUAAAGCUUUUACUCAAAAUAGCGACUUACAGAAGCAUCUAGUUACCCACUCUGGAAUUAAGGCGUACAGCUGCGACUUUUGUGGAAAAAGUUUUAGCGACAAACAGUACCGAAAUAUUCACCUGCGGAUUCACACUGGAAAUGAUGUUUACUGUUGUGAUCAGUGUGGGAAACUGUUUACAACAGAUGCACAGUUAAAAAUACACAUGUUUAGCCACACUGAGGAGAAACCUUAUAAAUGUGACCUGUGUGAGAAGACUUUUAAAUCUCCAAAUCAG